AAGAUGGCAGACUAGGCUGAUGUCGCUUUCCCGGAGAAGUUUUAAAAAUAGUCUCAGCGAAUAUAGCAACAAAUACCUCAAAUAAUCGUCUUUUUUAAAGCCUAAGUUGAGUUAUGUGAAGUGAAGAUUGAAGACGUGAUAGAAGAUGGACGACUACUGCUAUGCUAAGAUGGCGACGUCAUGUAAAAGAGAACAUGAAAAAGAAUCAACUUCCAGCAAAUCACCAACGGAGAUAAAGAUAAAAACUGAAGAUAAAGACGACCAGCAGCUGAUUGGUUAUCCAGAAGAACUUACUCCUCGGCCACAGGUGGGGAGCUCCACUUUGAAGCAGGAGGAUCCACAGCCACCCCACAUUAAAGAAGAAGAAGAAGAGGAGGAACUCUGGAUCACUCAGGAGGCUGAUCUCACCAAGUUGCCACUGACCAUUGUCUCUGUGAAGACUGAAGACGACGAAGAGAAACCACAACUAGAGAACCUCUUAGCGCCACUAUCAGAUAGUGAGACUGAAGAUGGGCUUGAGGAACCUUUCAGCAGCGAUACAGACUGGGAUUGUGAAAUGAGGACGCACACUAACAACGGACACUCUGAACGCUCUAAAAAGAAGAGUUGUAAAAAAGGUUUGAGCUGCUCAGUUUGUGCUAAAGUCUUCACACACAAGGGCAAUCUCACUCAACACAUGAGAACGCACACAGGAGAAAAACCAUUCAUUUGUUCAGUUUGUGGUAAAAGCUUUUCUCUAAAGAGACAUUUGGAUGACCACAUGAGAACGCACGCAGGAGAAAAAACCUUUAUUUGCUCACUCUGUGGUAAAAGCUUUUUUACCAAAUCAGGUUUGACAGGACACACAACGAAACACACGAGAGAAAAAACCUUAAGUUGUGAUGUUUGUGGUAAAAGGUUCCUUUACAACGCAGAUAUGUUGAGACACAUAAGAACACACACCGGCGAAAAACCGUUCAGGUGUUCAGUUUGUGGUAAGAGCUAUACUAAAAGCAACAUUUUGUCUGAUCACAUGAGAACGCACACGGGAGAAAAACCCUUUAGUUGCUCAGUUUGUAACGAAAGUUUUGUUUCCAAGAAACAUUUGAAUUUUCACGCGACGAAACACACCGGAGAAAAACCCUUCAGUUGUUCAGUUUGCCCGAGAAGAUUCACCCAGAAGAUAGAUUUAGUACGACACUUGAGAAUACACACGGGACACAAACCAUUCAGUUGCUCGGUUUGUGGCAACCGAUUCACUCAGAAACCAGCUAUGUUAAGACAUUGGAAAACGCACACGGAAGAAAAACCUUUUUGUUGCUCAGUGUGCGGUCAGAGAUUCACUCGAAAAGAUAAUAUGGUAAAACACGUGAGCAUGCAUACCACGAACAUAAACCCUGUUGUUGUUUCUCAAUGAGGAUUAUAGUUUAGGCAAAGUUUGAUACAUGCUGUAAAACUAAGAGUGUAACGAUACACAAAAAUUUCGGUUCGGUACGUACCUCGGUUUAGAGGUCACGGUUCGGUUCAUUUUCGGUACAGUAAGAAAAAAACUAAAUAUGCAUUUUCUGGUUACCGUAUUUUCCGCACCAUAAGGCGCCCUGGGUUAAAAGCCGCGCCUUCAAUGAACGGCAUAUUUCAAAACUUUGUCCACCUAUAAGCCGCCCGGUGUUGUAAGCCGCAUCUAACUGCGCUAAAGGAAUGUCAAAAAAACAGUCAGAUAGGUCAGUCAAACUUUAAUAAUAUAUUAAAAACCAGCGUUCAAACAACUCUGUUCACUCCC